AUGACCAGCCAGCAUUAUGAAGUGAUGGUGUAUCGCCAUACCACCAUCCGUGCUGGAUACUGUAUCGAAUGCAUGUGGGAUGACAAAAGUGCCGCCACCUGCAGAAUGAGAGCUUUUGACAGAAGCAAUGUGCUGAGAGCUCACCUGGAAGAGCAUAUUGACCAAAAGUCAUGGCCAUCGGUUUGCUCUGACCAUCUUUGUAACCACGCCUCUAUGAAUGAACUGGAUUACCGUCGACACCUUCACGAUGCACACCAUUACAACAAAGCCAUUUGUGUUCGACCUGGAAAGGGCCCCAAGAAACGAUUGUACACUGAGCUUGACAAAGAGUCUGUCACAGACAGGAAUCAACUUGACCAGCAGAAACGUCCCUGCAAGCUUCAGAAGAACUUUUCACCACCCUCACAUGCUAGUACGAAGGACCUGAAGAUCAUUUUCUGGAGGCAUCCAGAAACCCAACCGAAGGCCAUGUUGUCUCCCCCCGCUAAUGUGGAGGAUGAGGAUCAAGAGAGCCUGAAGAACGUGACUUGUCAAACAGCCAAUCACUUUGAGUAUUUCAGUGAAAUGCCUUGCACAAGACAGGAUGGCAACAUUACUUGCUCAACCUCAUCUGACGUUCCUGAGCUAGCUGAUACUUCAAAUGUCUGUGCAAGCCCAUUUGCAGUUAGCUCUGUUCCCUGUACCAUCCCAAUCGAUCCACAGAUCCUGGAGGCAUCUAGUGCCAUUUCUUGCCAGUCAGAUGGUGGACUGGAGCAGCUCAAUGGAUGUAGCCUCAGUGGAAAGUUGGAAGGCUACUCUUCAGUUGAGCGGCCUGGAAUCAAUAUCCUGUCUCAAAUGUCACAUGACGACCCAACCCUGGGAGGUAUCGAACCUCAAGGCAUUGCUGUCCUCGAAUCCGAGAAUAUGCCCAACCACCAGUCCUUAACUUCAUUUUCUCUAGGCAAGAAGCUGGAGCGAGGACCAACAAGCAAUGAACCGCCAACAGUUGCAGUGCCAUCCCCAGUCAUCCAAAGCUCUUUCAACAUGGGCACAAUUGGAAACAAAAUAGGUGCAGAAUUUGCAUCAACACGGCCGUUUACAAGAUCUAAAGCAAGGGAACGAGCUACCAAAGUUUUCCAGAGUCAUACAAUCUCCCAAAGAUCCAUUCAGAAGGCUAAGCCUUACAGCCAGGAAGAGGAUCAGCUGCUGAAGAGGCUGAUGAAAAAGGAAACCACUGUCCAAGAUGUGGCGAAGAGAUUCUCUGUACAUUUCCCUGGACGAUCAGCUGCUUCUCUUCAAAGACGUUGGCUAGUAAUACAACCGCCAUCACGGCGAUCGACCAGGCCAAGGUCAAUCAGACAUCCGGCUUAG